UGAAAAAAAGGGAAAAUGGGAGUGGUUUCUCAGGACGCGAUCAAGCAAUUCCAAGCUUUAAUCGACCAGAUCGACGAGCCAUUGAAGAAGACCUUUCAGAAUAUUCAUCAAGGGUAUCCAACAGAAUCGUUGGUUCGGUUUCUCAAGGCAAGGGAGUGGAAUGUUGCCAAAGCACAUAAAAUGUUGGUGGAUUGUUUAAACUGGAGAAUACAAAACGAGAUAGACAAUAUAUUAGCGAAACCCAUACUUCCUGUGGACUUAUAUAGGGCAUUGCGUGACUCACAUCUCAUAGGAAUGUCAGGUUACUCGAAGGAGGGCCUCCCUGUUUUGGCUAUUGGUGUUGGGCUCAGCACAUUUGACAAGGCAUCUGUUCAUUACUAUGUUCAGUCACACAUCCAAAUUAAUGAAUAUCGGGACCGUGUAAUUUUGCCUUCGGCAACAAGGAAAUAUGGACGGCAUAUUAGUACCUGCAUUAAGAUUUUGGAUAUGACUGGUCUAAAGCUUUCAGCACUCAGCCAAAUUAAGUUAUUGACUGUCAUAUCUACUAUUGAUGAUCUGAACUAUCCCGAGAAGACAAAUACGUAUUACAUUGUGAAUGCUCCAUACAUAUUUUCAGCUUGCUGGAAGGUAGUAAAGCCGCUAUUGCAAGAGAGAACGAGGAGAAAAAUUCAGGUGCUGCAGGGUUGCGGGAGAGAUGAGUUGCUGAAGAUAAUGGACUAUGCAUCCCUUCCGCAUUUCUGCGUUAGAGAAAGUUCGGGUUCAUCCCGGCAUUCAAAAAAUGGAACCGAUGACUGCUUCUCAUUGGACCAUUCUUUUCAUCAGGAGCUCUUUAACUACAUCAAGCAGCAAUCCUUGAGCCUUGAACCUAUUGCACCCAUCAAACAAUGUUCUUUCCAUGUAGAUGUUCCUGAUCCGGACCCAAAAGGCACAAAGAUUGUUAUGACCAUAGAAUCUGAGUUACACAAGCUUGGGGAUCAGAAUGGGCUCUGUCAUUCAAUAGAUGACCUGAAAAUCAAUGGCGACUCUGAUGGAAGAAAGAAAUGGUCAGUGAUUUAACAAUAUCAAAUCUUGGAACUUGGAAACUCUCAAUCAUGUUGUGACAGAUCUUAACAUGGGAACCACUGGUGGCGUUUCGUAGCUCCUGCCAGAUUGUGAGUGUCCAUGGUUGAGAUGUAAUGGUAAUUGCUUGCAUUAAUUCAAUGCAGGCUUUUGUUGGAAAAGCUAAUUGAUUUAUAUAACUUGACAUGUUACC